GAGAACAUUACAGGUAAGGUUCUAAGAACACAACAACUCCUCCAGUGUGGGGACAUUACACCGGCGUUCACUGGCGGACUGAGAGGGACUGAAAGCUUCCCCUGUGAGAGGAAACGAGAGGAAAACGCAGGAAAAAAAAAAAAAAGAAGAGAGAAAAAGAGGAAAUCCCCCGAAAGGAAAUGCCAAUCGCAGCCACUGGACAGCCAACGACUCAGGAGCCCAGAGUGUGCCCCCGGCUGCCCUCCACCCCGGAGCCCGGCCCUAAAGGGGCUGAUCUGUUCGACGAGGCGGGGGCGGCGGGGUCGGCGGAGCGGACAGAGUACGGGGGCGGAGGGGGCAGAGGACCGGGAUACAGUUACAGCCUCAGCGGGGCCAACAGCGGGUCUCCGCCGCAGUCCCCCGCCGCGUCCUCCUCCUUCCUCUUCCAUCCUCUCCAGAUGGCCAUGGAGCCCCCGAGGACUCGGUCGCGAUCUCGGUCUGGAUAUUACCAGCAGUACGGUGGUGGGAACGGCACUGGGAUUACCGGCGGAGGAGUCAUGGGGUCGCACCAUCACCUCCACCACCAUCAUCACCAGCAGCAGCAGCAGCAGCAGCAGCAGCAACUACAACAACUACAUCCACAUCCACAUCCACACCCCCACCCACGGCAACACGGUGCUGGGUGCGCACCGCUCGGAGCUCACAGCAGCCUACCGGAGAACCAGCCGCGAGGAGCCCCAGGAAGUAACGUCCCCGGCAUUCAGAGGCUGCCUUCGGUCCCCGGAGCGCACCACCGCAUCCCGGCGGCAGGAGCUUCUGGCGGAUCCUACCACUGCCACCCUGAUCACGCAUAUGGAGAGGAGAGUGAUAAGAGUGAGGAAAGCCCCAGUCCAAAGCGCCAGAGGCUGUCCAGUCAGUCCGUCUUGGAACAGCUGACCUCAUGCCCCCCACCGUCCACCCCAUCUCCCCUCCGCCCCUGGGAGUCAGGACCCCCAAGUCGAAGACAACCUCACCCCCACACUCACUAUCACCAGGAGAGAUGCCUCACCCCUGCUCGGCACAGGCGCAGCCCGCCAGCAAGGCGCCAGCGUGGCCGCCUCGUCAGACCCACCCGUCACAUGCCUCCCCAUCACCACCCCUCCACCCAAGGCCCCGCACCUCGCCUGUCGCCGUCAGAGCACCAGGAUGAAAACUACCACCACAACCCCCAUCCCUCGGCACACCACACAUACCCGACACACACACCCAGCGUCUAUGGUCAGCACCCUACAGCUGGAGGCGGAGGGGCAGGUUUGGAGGAGCCCCGAGCUUUCCACCCUCCCACCUUGUCGCCACGGCUACUUCACCCGGCUGCCCACCAUCAUCACCUUCACCAUCAUCAUGCGCAACAGCAUCAUGCAACGCAGCAGCAGCAGCAAGGAGCCAUGGUCAUGGACUUGCAUGAACAGCUGCAGCAGGGCAGUGUACCAGUGUCCUACACGGUGACCCCGGUCCCUCCGCACAGUCUGGCGGCGCCUUUGUGUAGCGGCCAGCACCUUCCCCCUACCUGUUCCUCUCAACAAGUCCCCGCCUGCAGUGUUGUUUUCAGCACUGGACAACACUACCACCCGAUGCUUCAGGCGUGUUCAAUGCAACAUUUGCCAGUGCCCUAUGCCUUUCCCUCGCUGCUGUCCAGUGACACUCAGUUCCUGCUUCCCCAUCCACCCCACCUCUCUCACCACCCGCCCCACCUCCCCACACCCGGACAGUUCCUGCCUUUCCAGACGCAACAGCCACGAUCGCCUUUACAGAGGAUUGAAAAUGAGGUUGAGCUUCUUGGAGAGCACCUUUCAGUAGGUGGAGGCUUCAGCUACGCCCACCAUCACCACCACCACCAUCACCACCAGCCUCCCUCCACCCUGCCGCCCUCCACACCACUCCAGUUCCUCUCGCACCAUGACCCUCUGUCGCAGGAGCUCUUCACAGUGCCCUAUCCCCACUUUAUGCCUCGCCGAUUCACAAGCCGGCGUUACCGCUCUCAGCAGGCUGUACCUCCAUCACCCUACCACCCCAGCUUCCUGCCUUACUUCCUGUCUAUGCUUCCAGUGCCCCCGAAUGUGGCCCCCACUAUCAAUCUAGAGCUGGAUGUGGACGACGGAGAGGUUGAGAACUAUGAGGCCCUGCUGAACCUUGCGGAACGUCUAGGGGAGGCCAAGCCCCGUGGUCUGACUAAGGCCGAUAUAGAACAGCUCCCAUCAUACAGGUUCAACUCCAACAACCAUCAAUCUGAACAAACAAUGUGUGUGGUAUGCAUGUGUGACUUUGAGUCUCGCCAGCUCCUAAGGGUCUUGCCCUGUAAUCACGAGUUUCACGCCAAGUGUGUCGACAAAUGGCUUAAGGCUAACCGAACCUGUCCUAUCUGUCGAGCCGACGCCUCUGAGGUCCAGCGGGAUUCAGAGUGACCAUUUCCCAAAACCCUCAAUCCCAGACUCCAUUUUGGAUGCACCAACCAAUCAGUGAACUUCUUUCCUUUUACCAAAUGCUUCCUCUCACACAUUCUGCCACAUAACUGGGACCAGUGCUCCUUAUUCCUUCACUCUUUAUCAUCCAGCACACUGACCAGUAUUCUCACCUGGGAUCAGCAACUCUCUACUGACUCUUGCUCACUUUAUCGCUGGACUUCCUCGGCCUUCUGUUUUUUGACUUUUACACCCCUACUACUCCGCCUUCUGCUCAUGGUUACCCCUUCACUAUGAAUGGCCUUUGAAACACAUACACAGUGUCAUGUGCAGGUGGACAAAUGUAUGUGUAUUUUUCUUUAAACCCAUGAGCCCUGGACAGAAAAAAAGGACUUUUGGAAAAACGUUGGUAUAGUUUAAUUUGCUGUGGAAAGAUCAUGGUACCACAUUGUUAUUGUUCUGGUUAUAAUUAAGCUUUCACAUCCUGGCUCAUUUCUACUAGACUCAUUAUAAUUGCAUUUGAACAGUUUCUGUCAAUUUUUCAUUCCUGUACAUUUAUUCUUGCAUUCCUCGCCGUGAGCUCCGUCUGUAUUGGGCGAAACAAAGAUACUGUACACUGUGUCAAAGCUACUUUAGAACAAUGAAAAAUAGACUAUUUUCUCUAUACGUGUGUUUGUGUGCCUGUGUGUGUCUGUGCGCUUGUGUGGGUGUGUGUGUUACUUCUCCUGUGGUAUUUAUACAGUUCAUAUGGUACAGUGCAUUGACUUCCUUAAUCCUGUUUCUUUCCACUCUGUUUGAGAAUGAUUAGACUCUGGAGGUUGAGGGCAACUUCAGGCUUUUAUAGCCAAGUUUUGUUCAAAAAUCAAAGUGUUGGACCAGAAGAACCUCCAUGGAAGUCAUCAUGUUUAUUUUUUGCUUUCUAAGCCACACAUCAUCAACACGCUCUACAAUUCUGACUCCAUCACCCCUUGUCUGCCUAUCUACAUUUUUCUCGUCUUAAAUGAGUUUAGGCUGGCGGCUUUUAAAAUACAUUUUUUUUGUGAUACAGUGUGUCCUCACCUAAAGGAAACAGAUUAGGACUAUUUAUCUUUUUUCUCGACAUAUGGACUAAGCUCUCCCCCAAGACGCAUUAUGUGAAUUCAGUUAGAUUUUACAGAGCUGAUGAGAUCAGUGCAAAACAUUCAUUAAAAAAUCUCGCCAAAACAUUCAUACUUGCUCCGUUUGCUAGCUUUCUCACGGCAAUGAGGCCUUUGAAAACAUGCGUCUAUAUCUGUCAUUGUAGCCAAGCAGCUUUCUGUGAAGUGUUGAUGGAUAGCGAUGAUUUCUCCAUCAUUGACAGGGAACAGGUUUGAAGAGACUUUAAAGGUCGCAGUUAAUCUACUGUUUCACCAGACGGUGGAUGUAACACUUCAGCACUUUAAUACGUAGAUUUAAGACCUACACACACUUCAGUUUUCCCACAGUACACGUGUGUCUGAGAACAAAUAUUUUAAUGCAUUAAAAACAUACACGUUCUCCACAUUGACUUCCAGCACCUACAGUAUCCCAAUAUGUAAAUUCCUUUAUAUUAUUCCCACUCCACAUCCGUUUGUUAAUGAUACUUUAAUCUCUGUAAGGCCUAGGUCAGCAUGUGAUAAUGUAAUAUAGAGAUGUUCACCUCACGCACAGAGCAGGCUUUCUAAUGGAAUUAUGGUUAUUUAUCACAAUUGGUGUUUUGUUACAAGAUGGCAGCCUAACAUAGGCCUUAUAGAGAUGCUUAGACACAAGUUUGUUUUGGAAAGUUCACCCAGGCACCUGCAUAGUCUUACAUCUAAGAAGCAUUUACAAACCUCUAUUUUCUGCAGGUACAACUUGUCUCUAUCAAGAGACGUCACAUCAGACCAAUCCAUUUGUUUAAACCUGAGUUUUGUUUCCCAGAAAAAUGCAAACCAACAGUGAAUCAGUGGAGAACCAGGAAGAGCGUCGCUUAUGAAACUCUCCGUCAGUGUAUAAAGUCAUGUGAAAUGAGGGGAAUUUUAUUUUCUGUCAAAUUUUUUUCUUUGGGGUAAAAGGCCAUAUUUGUGACCGUAUGCAUCCAUUUUGUGUCUUGGGAUUGUUUUAUGUUGGACAGUUAUUUUGUUGUUGCUUGGUACAAUAGCAAUUACCUCAGUCCCACUAUUUAUGUCUUUUCAGAAAAUGGCGCAACCAGUAUGAUUAGUGCUUAUCAAUUCAUUUUGCUAAUCUUUUUUUUUUUCCAUGCAAGCUGUUGGGUUGUUUGAAUAUUUUUCCUUUUAAACUAUGAAACUUUAUAAAUAAAAUGGUAUCAUAGUAGUUUCAUUAUGUAUUAUAUCUGUAACCAAAAUCAUUUGAAGGCCUGUUAUGACGAUAAUGACAUUUUUAACAAACAUUUGUACAUUUUGUAUGAGAGUAAUUACUAGUAAUACUUUAUUAAGUAGUGCAAUGAUUUUUUUUAAACCCCUACCCCGUCUUUUGGAUUUCAAAAGCUGGUUAAAUAAUAAAUGUAUAACA